AUAAUAGUGGUUCCAAUCUAUUGAUCCACCCACCGACAUUAUCUUGUUCCAAUACAAUAUUGUGAAUUAUUCAAGACUCACGAGUAGCACCCCCUGUCUCUCUUUGAUGUACCCCCCACAUCCCACAGUGAGAUCUUCAUUUCCAAGCUAAAAUGGCAACACUUAGUUCGUAUUACAAUGGCAAUAACACUACUAUGCUUAUCUUUGCGUUCCUAGUAAUAGUAUUACAAUCCACACAUAUUGUAUUUGCAACAUCUGAAUCAAAUAUUGUGAAGUUCCUUCCUGGUUUUGAAGGGCCACUUCCUUUUGUACUAGAAACUGGAUACAUUGAAGUAAGUGAAACUGAAAGAGAUGAGAAUGCAGAAGUGUUUUACUAUUUUAUAGAAUCUGAGAACAAUCCUAAACAAGAUCCUCUCUUGCUUUGGCUUACUGGUGGUCCUGGUUGCUCUGGCUUCUCUGGCCUUGUCUUUGAAAUAGGUCCACUAGCAUUUAAAAAUGAGGUAUACAAUGGGAGCUUACCAAAUUUGUUCUUGAGGCAACAUUCAUGGACAAAGGUGAGUAAUAUUAUAUUUUUGGAUUUGCCUGCUGGAACUGGAUUCUCAUAUCCCAAAACAGAAACUGCUGUUCAGCAAAGCACCUGGAAACUAGUUCAAAAUGCUCAUCAAUUUCUUAGGAAGUGGCUAAUUGAUCAUCCAAAAUUUCUAUCAAAUGAAGUGUACAUUGCUGGUGACUCAUACUCGGGCAUUCCUGUCCCAAUUAUUGUUCAAGAAAUUUCAUAUGAAAAUGAAGGUGGCCUUCAACCGCGGAUAAACCUCCAAGGAUACAUACUGGGAAAUCCCAUUACAACACCAAAAGAUGAUAAUUACCAAAUACCAUUUAAUCAUGCUCAUGCACUCAUUUCUGAUGAACUCUAUCAGUCACUGCAAAAGAAUUGUAAAGGUGAGUAUACAAAUAUAGAUCCCCAAAAUGCACUUUGUCUGAGAGUCUUCCAAUCCUACAAGGAGACUAUUUCAGGAGUGUCCGGGAUUCAUAUUUUGGAGCCGAAAUGCGAAUCUGAUUUUCAUACAGUUUCUAGUAGGAGACUUAUUGAUAAGGCUCGUGACAUUUUUAGUUCUUCUCUCACAAUGACACCUUUAUAUUGUCGGACUGAUGCAUAUUUCCUCAGUCCCUAUUGGGCUAACGACGAUAAUGUUCGCAAAGCACUGCACAUUCGAAAGGGAAGUAUAGGAAAAUGGAAGCGAUGUAACAACGACUUACCAUUUAAGCAUGAAACCCUUAACAGUUUUCCCUAUCAUGCAAAUCUUAGCAAAAAAGGCUUUCGUUCAUUAAUAUACAGCGGGGAUCAUGACAUGAGAGUUCCAUUCUUGGCGACUCAAGCGUGGAUAAGAUCUUUAAACUAUUCCAUUGUUGAUGAUUGGAGGCCAUGGUAUUCUAAUGACCAAGUAGCAGGAUACACGAGGACUUACUCAAAUCGGAUGACAUUUGCAACUGUGAAGGGGGGAGGACAUACUGCUCCAGAGUACAAACCUGAAGAAUGCUUAGGCAUGUUGACUAGGUGGUUAUCUAAUAACCCACUCUAGGAAUUAAUACACCAUCAUUGCAUAGCAUUGAUCUUGUCAAUGCCAAGCACUUUUCAUAAAUUAUUGUCAAUGCCAAGCACUUGUAUUGUAUAUAUCUAUAGAUUUUAAUUUCUUCAUAUUGCAAAUAUUCAAACCUGCAAAGUGUGUUGGACUGUUGGUGCACCAACUUUACUUUUACCAUUUCCUUCAGGGCAGGGGCAGUCUUAACCUUUGGGCAAGUAAAGUAAGGGCUUUAGACCCAUGGAUUGUAAAAAAUGACAAAUAUUGCUCUUUAAGCCCCUCAA